AUGACAGAAACCGAUGAACUUUAUUAUCUUUUCAUGAUUCAUGAUAUAAAUCAAGACAACUACUUAGACGGACAUGAACUUCGUGAGGCUUUCACCGAUUUUGAUACGGAAGAUGCGGAUCCGAAAGCGAUUUUGACUAUUUCAGAACUAAAUGAAAUGAUUGAUCAUGUCUUGCUGGAAGAUGACAUGGAUAAUGAGAGAGAUUCUAUUUUAAACAAUAACAUUAACAAUAUAAAUCUUUAA